GGGCACGCCGCAGAUGAACUUAGUAAGAUGGACCAGUCACCUCAAACAAAGAUUGUGUUUACUCUUCUAGGACAACUACUGCCAGUAAACUUGACAGGCUUGAAUUGGAUCGGAUAGAUCAAACAAGGGAUCACAGACCAACGAACUCAAAAUGGUCCGAAAAACUGAAGGCUAUUCACUGCUCCUUCUCGCGGUGGUGAUUAUCUUUCUGAACAUCCUCGCCAUCAUCGUUAUUUUGCGCUUCAAAAGGAAAUACAAUCCAGAUAUUCUGAUCCUUAGUCUUGCGAUUGCGGACUUACUAAAAGCGUUAGUUCCAUUGAACAUGACUUUGUACGCUUACCUCAGCGAGAAAGGAAUGACAGAAGGCUCUGCUUCUUGUAAAAUAUUUGGCUGGACUGCCUUCACGCUCAACUGUGGAAUCAUGAUGGUCAUGACUGUUAUGGCCAUCGACAGAUAUAUCGCCUUGUGUUGGCCAUUGGCGUAUAAGUACAAACGUUUGCUCUCGAAAAAACGACUUAUUUACACAAUCGUUGCUGUUUUUGUAUUUAGUGGGACGCAAUCUUUUCUGCCACUGGUGGGGAUUGGAAAAAUGAGAGCCUACAGCAAUGGAAGCUUCUGCCAUUUUGAUUUCGAUUCCACCAAACCUGCUAACCGAGCAUACAGUAUCUUUGUGCUCUCUCUUGGCAUGGCUAUGAUUGUGGUGGUUGUGUUUUGCUACACAUGCGCCAUGAUUAGCAUAAAAGGCCUGAUGAAGCGUCAGCGAAGGAUGUCCACCACUACUCCGGACCUUGAUGGAGCAGAUCGCAAGAGGCAAGCUAUGAAUAGCAUGUUUGCGCGUCUUAUGAUCGUAAUGAUGAUGAUUUUUUUCGUCUCUUGGCUUCUCUUCUUGGUAAGUUGCAAUCAAUUUAUACGUUUCUGUCAUUUGUCAAGUGUUCUUCUGCGUUUUGCAGUCGUGUGGAGAACAUAUUAAGUCCUUAUUUAUCUUUUUUACAUAGGUGUACUAAUGUGACCUUGAACUCAGCUGUUUCUGUCCAUGCUCGUAUAAAACAUUUUUGCGUUAUUCUGUCAGGCUUUUGAGCUCAAAUGUGAUAUUAUUUUUAUCUUUCCUUAAAUGACUCUCAUAAUUCAGGAAGCAUACUUAUCAUGAUUUAAACGACAGCAGUGCUCUAAAAAUUCUGCGCCUGAGUGUUUGACACCCUGUAAUGUCCUAUUAAAUUCGUGAUUUCUGGCGCUGACAAUUAACCGUAAAACUUUAGUUUUAGUUUUGCAAGCUAUGACCUUUGAUAGUAUCCAGCUAGCGUAGCGUGUUAGUCGGAAUUUAUCGACUUUUAUUCAACUUAUUCUUUCUCUGAAAAAUAUGAUACAAAUAUUUGCAUGCGUGCAAAAAUGGAUGUCGCCUGACGUAGACCCGACAAGGAGACAACAUGAUAAGACGAACUUAUCUUGUAAAACUAAUGCGUAAAAAGAUACAAAGAAUACAUCAACAGUAAGAAGUGUGUGUGAAAGUGAAAAGGCGACGUAUAAAAUGUUCAAAGAAUAUAAGCCAUAACCAUAACAUGAAAUCGAAAAGCGUGUAAUCAUUAACAACGCUGAACGCGAGCGCUGAACAUUAGAAACUGGGUUGAUUAUUUUUUCAUAUAUAACGUUUAUUUUCCUCUUUUUUGCUUUAGUGCUGUUCAAUCUGAAGAAUUUGGUUUUCUGACUUGUUAGAUAGCUUUUGUUAAGGUAGCAAUUCGUGCAAUUCGCAGAAAGAAUUCAGGGUUUUAAAUUAAUCCUUACUUCAAAUUGUCAUUGCAAAGGGCUCCAAUAACCACUGAAGGUAAUUCAUCUGUCGCGUUCUGACAAAACAAACACUUUUGAAAUUUUGAAGUGAUUUCGUGCAUAACAAUCUGUUUGGUUAGAAAGCACUUUUAAAAUUAAUUGUCCCUUUUGUUGAUAACUCUUUUUAAUCAAAUCCUUAACUGGUCAUCGCGUUUCUUGUUAUGCGAAGUCGAUUGGAAAAUCGAUUCCACUUCCGUGUUGUUUAAUAUACUGAAAACUGCAUGAGUUAUGUGUAUUUUCUCUCUGUUUACCUGUAACGUUCCUGUUUGCGCGCGGAACAAAUGGAAUGCAAUUAGCCGCAAAUAUCAUAUCAGAGUAAGAGUUAUUUUUGGCUUAUACUUCUGGCUGUUGAACUUAGAAACAAAAUAUUUUUCUAAUGAUAAAAUCCUAUGACAUGUUAUCUUUUUUCGUCCAAGAGAAUCACGUUUUUUUCCAUUUUCGUACACUCAGAGCCGCUAGAUCAUGCCAGAUACUUUUUAUAGGUCAAUAAUAUUCUCGAUUUAUGGUCUCCGACCUCGUUCUCGGUGGUUUUCCUUUCAAUCAUAACACCGCUCACCAUUUUUAAGGGAAAAGAUACGUGAAUGUCACUACAUUCUAGUCGGAUCAGUCUUUUCUCUGUUUAGGUUGAUGGGUAAUUGGUUUCCGGAAUGAUAUCGUAAUGAUCACAAGACCAUAGCAUUCACCGCCGGAUUAGCUUAGGGAUUCUUCAGCCAGAUACUUGUAGACUUUGUUUAAAGCAGCAGUGAUCGCAAUCUGAGAAAGGCCUUUCUUUAACCAUCAUACUGGCUUGGUUUUAUACAGCUUGUUUGUGAAAGCAAUAAUUAGAACUUGCACGUAGGGUGAUCUUAUCGCCGUAGAAAGGAUGGGAAAAGAAACAAGCUAAGGGCAAAAUAAGCGUUCAGGGUACUUAGCCAGCAUUUCGGGAGUAAAGGAAGGGGUACUGGUUUGUCAAAUGUGUCCCUUUUUCAAACGGCCAGGUUCAGGAAGGGUUGGACAAAGCCCGCGCCAUAGCCUGGAGGGCGGGGGGUUACUCCUGGGAAUUCUUGGUAAGGGUGUGCCGCCCGGUUCUCCAAAUCCUGACUCUAUUUCAGACCAAAAAUGUCAUUUUCAGACCAGAGCUCUAAAAUCCACACCCGUUUUCAGACCUGGCCUUUAUUACUUAGAUUAGAGUGCAAACAAAGAAAAUUCUUUAAAUCCAUUUUGAAUGCGCAUAUUUCUCUAUCUUUCUUACUCAGUUGGAAUUGAAACGAUAAAUACGUUCAUACACUCCCGUAGUUCCCUCGAAAACCACACCCGAUUCCAGAGCAAAAUGGGGCAAAGUGUAUACCCAUUUUCAGACCAAAACGGCGCAAAAACCCUACCCGAUGGGGCGGCCCAUACCUAUAUAGCUUAUAUAAGGGAGUACCCCCCCCCCCCCCCCCCCCCCCCCCCCGUCUCGGCCCCCUGGCGUUUCUGCUCAGCAGUCAGUUUUCAGUGAAGCCCUGCGUAUCGCUCUCCUGUCUUUCCUGUUUUUUUUUUUUCUUGGUAGUUGUUGCCGGGAGUUGGGGUUGGGGGGGGGGGGGGGGUGGGGGGGUGGGGGGGAGAGUGUGACGGGGGGGGCCUGCGCCGCGCGCGGCGUUCACUGUGCCCGAGCAAGAUGGGGCAAAGUGUUUACCCAUUUUCAGCACAAAACGGCACAAAAACACUACCCGAUGGGGCGGCCCAUACCCUAUUUGCUUUUAUAAGGGAGUUCCCCCCCCCCCCCACCCCCGGCGCCUUCUGGUGGGUUAGGCUACUUUAGCGACGAAAGCUGUAGGUUAGCUAAAGUCAUCGAAAUCCCCUCUCCUUCGUUCAAGUUUUUUUUAUGUCAGGGAGAGGCUGGCCGGGAACUGGGUAUUGGGAAAGCCUGCGAGUGACGGUCAGUAGGGGAAAAGCUCCCAGGCGCUUACUAUCCCCACAGGAGCCUCGGCGGUUAGAGGGAUCGAAAUCCCCCAAAAAAUGUGAUAGGUCCGGUUCAAAGCGUAGUUUUUUAAGUACAAAGAGCGCUGUAACGUUUAUUGCAGUUUUUGCUUUGUUUUGUUUUUUUAACCCUUUAUCCUUUUCGUAUGCUAUUAUUAGUGGAGAGAACUUGUUAGAGGAUUAACAACAGGUCUAAAGGUCUCUAAUGAUAGAUGGUGACUUCUCAUGUGUAACAACAUCUUACAUCUUUUUGGCUAAGUUGAGUUGAUUCUUGCCUUUGUCUUUUCAGAUUGUUAUUCUUCAGCAUGUGAGUGGUUGGUUCCAAAUCCCACCAGAAGCUCAUUUCUGGUCAAUGCGGUUGGCUGUUAUUAACUCAGUUCUCAAUCCAUUAAUCGGCGCCGCCAUGUGCAAGCCAUAUAGAAAAGGAUAUAUAUUCAUCCUUUGCAAGAUUUUUCACUGCUGUGGUUUAUGUUCAUCCUACCAAGCCGACAGUAUGUUCAUAAUUCUUUAACCUGAUAAUCAUCCUCAAACUUAGGUUAUGUUCACACUAUAUCAGAUAAUUUUCGUGCCCACGUGGAAAGCUAUCCGAAACGGCACAAGUCUUUCACACCCAACUUUGUGCCAUCGAGUUUGGCCGAGAAGGUUAACGUUUGGUGCACUAAAUUCCAGUUCUCGCUCCUGUUUAUCUACUUCCUCGACUGUAGUAAUAGAUGUUCACGCUGCAGCAAAGUAUGGCACAAAACCUCUCCAAUAUGUACUGUGACGCAACACUUUCGAGAUCGUCGCGGCGCAGCUUUGCGCCGUCACAGAAACCGCGCAUAAAACACAGUUCUUGUGUGUGAACAGAAGCCCUAACCGGUAUGGUUUUCAUGGCGGCGCAAAAGCUUUCCAGAAUAUUGUGAAUAUAGCCUUAAGGUAGAUACCCUGGGUACCAGAGGUUUUUUCUCGCGUGCGAGGAGGAGCGAGAAGACUUGACCGAAACCGGAAACCUCGCAUGGAAAGUCUCUGGCACCCAGGGUAUAAGGUAGACGGCCGGGGUACAAAAAAAAAAGACGUCUAAGCCCCUUUUCCUACCAGGCGUUUUUACAUUUUCUCAUCUGAGAGCGAAUGGUAUCUAUACCUUUAAGCCUUCUAAGAAAAAUCCCUGCCAAACUAUUGACUCUGAUCUCAAAACGUCUCCUGCAACAUUCAGUUGGGGACACGCUUUAGUGGCCGUUGCCGUGGUAGAGAUGUGGCCUUUGUAGAGAGGUUUAAAAAAGAGUCAAUGUAUGGACUUUUCGCCGGGACAAUAGAAAGUGGCCAUUGUAGAGAGGUGGCCGUUAGUAGAAGUUCGACUGUUGUUGUCAAGGCAACGGGUCUUUGAAGGGCGCUUUAAACUUUAACUUUUUAAAAAUGAUCACGAAUCGAAGAGAGACAAGUUUCUUUUCAUUAGAAAGUAUGGUCUUUUUAGUUGUACUUACGUUGCCGCACUGAUUCUUGAAAACAUGUUCUUUGUUUGCAAAGCAUAUCUUAUGAGGUCCGCUACCUUGUUUUUUCGACUUCCAGAUCCAUGGAUACUUGCACGAAGGCUUUCGCAAGGUUCACGGCGCAGUUUUGAUGUAGAACCAGCCACACCGACCACAGAUCAAACGGUGGUUAGAGUCACGAGCAAUCCUUCAUUCAGUUAUCAUGAUUCUGGCAUUGUUCCUGAUGGAGGCAGCAUUGGAUACCAUCAGGGUGGCCUUAUUAACUCCGCUUAUGAAAAGGAACCAUGCACAACCGAAAGCUAUUAUUGCACCACUGUUGACGGAGUCCAGGAAAGGCCUCGUCUAUGUAAAAAGCGCAUUUCUUUCAAAGACGAGGUCGAAGCAAAUCAAGCUGCAUUGCCGUCACCUGAAGAGAAGAAGGAAGCUGGAUCCAUGGUGCGUCUGUCCGCUGGUAAAACAACUCCAAAACAGGAAACCUCUGAUUUACCUUCCAGUGACAAAUAUGGCUGUUACACGCAAGAAAAUAGUGAUGAAAACAAAGUCAUAAUCUCGCCAGAGAUGGACGCAGCUUUUGAAGAUGAAUCUUCUUGCGGCGACACACGAUCCAGUUCAAGCAAAAGAAAGAGAAAAACCGCUGUCUCAGGUAUGAUAAUCAUACUCUGACAUAAUAGUCCGUUCAACGCCUUAUUUGGGAAUGGACUUAGUGUGAUGCUAGAGGGAAAUAAAAGCCGGUAGAGUGGGUACGAAAGGUGUUCUCUUCAACCCAGAAUGUCCACGUAUUUGUCAAGCGCACGCAAUUUUCUCCUUUUCAAAAACCUACAGGUGAAAAGGGCUAAGAAAAUUAAUUUAAAACAUUAGACAAGUCUAUUUAGCUUUCGUACAUGGUAGUACAGUUAAACCCCGCUUUGUGGACACCUUAUUAUUACGAACAGUUUGCUUUGUGCCCGAGGAAAGAAAGCCCUUACAGUUUCUCUAAAUUCAAACCGCUUUAUAUGGACACCCUGUUAAUACGGACACUCUCUAUGGCCCCCUCAGUGUCCGUAUUAACCGGCUCUGACUGUAUAUUUACUAGGCUGUAACUAUACUUAAACGUCUUUGUUCACUUAUUUUUCUUUCUUGUUCUUUUCUCUAGUUUAUCCGUUCAUGUGCAAGACACCAGAAUUGUUCAACGAUAACUCUUUAGAGAACAGUCAGUUAUCUCGCGAUUCACAAGGUGAAAAUGGUGAAAGUGUACAACAAAAUUUUGCCGUGACAGAGAAAGCUAAACAGGAUGUAAAGCCAUCUAAAGCAGAUGUUCUGACUGAUUAUAACCAGUUGUCCCUUAGCGCUAUAGAUGUAACAUCAGAAGCAUUAUCUAAAGACUUUGAAGGGGAAAAUGCAUUGGAAUUAAGUCCAGAAGCAAAGUCUACGGAAAAAAGAGCCGAUUGUUUCUCGUCACCAGGCCCCCUUGAGGAGACAGGGCCUCAGACUCUUCAAGUCACACAUUUUCCAGUUAAUACAAACUCUGGUAUAAAGACAACUGUUUUGCCCGACCGCUUCACAUCGAGAUCUUCCCUUCCAUUUUCAAGGAGUCGUUCCUUUAUAGAAAGAACUCUUACUACCUCGUUUUCACGCACAAAGUUGCGUUCUCGGUCAUUUGCCAAUGGUUCAACUUCAAACACGAAUCUAUUUUACAAGUUUGACAAUUUGGGUUAUCGGACAGCUGACUUGCCGUUUCACAGGCAUUCCGUGAAUCUAGCCGGGGAACAGCUAGGUGGAAUUCAGAGCUAUUCGGAAUCUGAUUUUACUUUCUCCUUACCAGAAACUGUCCUGGUUUCCCCUCAUGGCACACCAAAUACAGAAAGUUUCAGAAGUUUUCAGGCUGAGGAGCACCAUAAUCCACCCGACAAAAGUGGGAUAAGUGUAGGUAAGAACUGUCGAGACAUCAGCAUAAAAAGAGAGGAAGAAUGAGAAUAUCGUAAAUGUCGCCCCAUGUAAGGGAUUCCGGAAUCAGGGAAAAUUUUGCUUGUGGAAUCCAGAAUCUAGGAAAUGUGUUUUGUUGAAUCCGGAAUCCAGGAAAUUUGUGUCGUGCAAUCGGGAAUCCUGGGAUUUGGAAUUCGGAAUCCCACUAACGUUUAGAAUCCGGAAUCUAAGUCCCACUGACAAAGAAUCCGGAAUCCAGUACCUUUAAUUUUCGGAAUCCACAGCGUGGAAUCCAGAAUUUCUAGACUGUCUUAUAUCCCCUUUCAUGGGGCAAUAAAUUCGCCAUAGGUUUCUUUCAGUUCAUCGUAUGUCACUUGUAUUACAUCAAUAACUGUUACUCGCUAUUUUACCUUGGUUGCCAGAGGUUUUUUAUUGUACUAAAAUUAAGUGAACUUGGUCUCAUGAAUUUUCACCAAUUAUUUCAUUCUAUAGGAUAUAAGUCUUAAGUGAGAGCAGACUUGUUGGAGUCGGGGUCGGUUAUUCUCAGUGGCAUAGAGAAACGUACCCCUGUGUUUAUCAUCGAAAAGGCUUCUUAAAGAACUUUGGCGUUGACAAUAAAAUGUUACGUCAGUUUUUCUCCUUGUUUACCCUUUUUUAUCCACCAAGGUUUACUUAGUUUACACUUUUUUGCAGAAAAUGAAAACAGACCUCAAGGGCAAAGCUCCAAUCACGACGUAAUGCGAAAGUCUAGCAAGAUUUACAAGGAACUGGGUGAAUUAAGCAUCGAGGAACUGGAACGAGAGGUCUUCUGUUGAGGUUAUAGCAGUUAGUAGAGGAUGAAAAAUUCCAAUAAGUGUAAAAAUCCAUCGCUUGGUAAGCUGUUGAAAUGUGAGAAAUCCCAGGUUCUUUUGGAAAGCAGAAAAAAACUUGUGAAAUGUGUAAUUUUUAACAAAUAUCGUGAUCUGGAAAUUUUUCUUAAAUUUUCGGGUCUUUUGAAUACCUUCUCCCUUCAUUACUUUUAUCUUUCUUUUCGGUUACCCAAACUGCUUUUCUCGGAGGCAAUAAUUAUUAUAUGUCAAAGUAUUUUCUCUCGAUUUUGUCGACGGCCUUACUAAGUAGCUCAAAAACUGCAAACUUGUAGACUGCGAAAAAAGCUACGAUGCAUUUUCUGUUGCCCCUUCCUAAUUUCUCCUACAGUUCGCACACUCCCUCUUAUUCGUCACGAGUGUGUGUGCGCAAAACUGAAUGAAAGACGGAAGCCUGCAGUCUAUACCGUGACUGCAUAAAAUUCGAACUUUAUGGCCACAGGCGUAAAAUAUUACGCUGAACAAUGGUGAAUAACGGGAAGCUGUAACUAGGAGUUUUUUCACGACAUUAGGGCAGUUCUGCGUUAUAUUAAGGCGGGACUGAUAGAACUUGAGACUAUUGAUGAUGCUAGGCGAUCAGUUGAGGUAAACCAAUCAUAUCGAAAAACGUUAUAGAUAUAACGGUGUAUUUUUUGUUUUUUGUUCGAUAAGAUUUAGUUGUAAAUUUAAUUCCCUU